AUGAUUAUCAGAGCCCCAAUUAGAACAAAAACCAAGUCGUUUAGAGGUGAUCAAAUGGAUUUCAAAUUUCCAUCUAACGAAAGCCUACCAAGGGGAACAUUAGAAGAAUAUCAUAUGAAUAAUCAUCAUCUUUUGAAUGAUGUGUUUGCUGCAGAAAAUGGGGCUACGCGCGAUGAAGAUGCAAAUUCCCAGAUACUAUCUGAUUAUACGUCUGCGUCCAAUACAAAUACAAAUUCUGGUUACUCAUCGAAUGGAUACUACUCAUUUGCUAAUAUUUCCGAUAACACUACAUCCUCCCCACGCAUAAUAGCCAACCAGAAUGAAGUUAUUAAUAGAUUAACAACCUCGGACUCAAAUAAAAGUGACUAUAUCGCUUCACAUGAUUCUCAAGGUAACGAUUCUCUACAUUAUAGCAGUUCAAGUGUAGUAAGAAAUCAGCUACAUUCAAUGGAAGUUAUUCCGGAGGGAAACGUGGCCGGCUCAAUAUCAACAGCUUCCCAGACCAUUCCAACGGCAGAUAACGCUUCCUACAAUAUAUCUUCAUCUUCUGCAUCAACAAUAUCACUUAAGAAAUCGACAUCUAAAAGAGAUAUUCCACUGUCGAUGCAAGAAACUAAAUCCAAAGGAAAAUCGAAGUCAGAAAAACAUACAAAGGCUACUGGAAAAAAGAGUGGCCCAGUACCGAAGCCUAAAAAGAGAUUAAACAGGAUACCUACAAUAAAAAGAGUCGAGUCCUCGGAAUCUUCCAAUUAUAGGUACAGUUCAGGUGGUAGCAGUAAAUCAAUUAGUCCCCAUUGUUGCUUAAAAAGAUCAAAGGCCAUUAGAUGCAAAGGCGGACUCUUGUACUAUUUCACCUCAUUAGGAAUUAGAAUAAAGAAAAAGUUAUUCAAACUACGAUUAGUAAUAAGAAGAAAACUGUUCUCAUAUAAUGAUCAAAAAGUAAAUUCCACUCUAAAAUCCAAAAAUUCCAGAUUCAAACCAAAGAUUACCAAAAAUCCGAAGAAAGGAGAGCCGGGUUCAGUAACCGGUAAUAGCUGCUCUACUCCACGCCAGAAAAGGACACAGAGAUAUGUUUCCAAUUUACAAAGAUCAAUAUCAUCAAAGUCUCUAGUACCUGUACUGGCUCCACAAAAUAAGUCUGACUCUUUGACAAUCAAUACGAAAUUCGGAGCAAAGGUUCCCGAAUCUGAUAAUCCCACAAUAGUAACAAAGACGCCAAAGGGCCCUCUGGUAAGGUAUACGCCAUCAUUACGAAGAACAAAUUCUUCCAUCAGAAGAGCUGCUUCUAUUUUAACCUCAUCAGCUGCGAUGACACCGGUAAAUAACAGAAAUUCUUUCAUUUCUGUAUCCGAUAGUAUCAAUCAUACAGUGACUCGCAACAGCAGUGCCUACUCGAGGUCGAAAUUGGUAAGGUCACAACCCUCAACGACUUUAAAUGCUAUUGCCAGACAACCAUCGAUUGUGGUAGAAAACAAAGUUAUUCCGUUAUCAAUGAAUCGAUAUUCUAUCAAGGAGGAAGAUGAAUAUGUGAUCGACACUAGUUCUAUGAGAGGAUUAUCCCCCGUUAACAGUGUUUCCUCAUCAGAUUAUCAUAGAGAGUCAUCAGAUAGCCACUCUAGUUAUGCGGAUGCAAUGGAAACAGUAGAAGAAAACAGCGAGGGAAUAUUGAAAACCGACAAUAAUGUCCAAACUUCGGAUCUAAAACAUGAGGGCAUCUCUAACGAAGAGAGUUAUACUUUGAUGAAGCACUAUUUGAGCACAAUUAUUGCUCAAAGAAUUAUGCUCAGGGUGCAAAUCGCUCGUCUACAGGAGCCUAAGAAUAGUGCUGUUUAUAUGAAUAAAUCUGCAGAAACAAACUCCACUAUUUAUGGUGAUCUUGUUGAUUCACUCUUAACUGAAUAUGAGACAGAUGGCUGCUCAUCUCAAACCUUUGAUGGCACUUUAGUGAAGAUUGAGGGGGAUGGAGAAGGAGAAGAAGACAAAGAAAAAGAAGAAAGAAGUUUGGUAGAAGAGGCAGAUGAGUUACCGGAGUUAAGCCCAAUGAGAAAACAAAGGGAUUUAAGUAUUACCUUAAGGUCUCCAUUUGCUAUGCUAAACUCGGCUUACUCUAGCAGCAUUUUAUCGCUACCUACAGGAACAGUCAAGAGGUCAUUAACUCUUCCUGUUGGCAUGAAAAUAUAA